UUUAACGUGGAAUGGUUGGAUUCGAAUAUCUGAAUUAAACAACUUAAUGCUGACGACAGCUGGAGCACGAUGACAAACAACACGACGACGAGCGAAGCAUAUACUGCUUUACGUGUUUGGGCAUCAGCAGUCUCCUUCAUAAUUUUGGCUUUCUUCAACCUUGUCAUUAACUGGACGAUACUGCGCGAGGAGCGACUUCGAAACUAUGCACGGUUCGUACUAGUGUUCUACCUGUUGUCCUCGGCGCUCGUGUAUUUUGCGGUGUGUUUUGGGUUCUACCUGCAAAUCUACUUGGAGAUCCAGACGAGUAAAUCCACCUGUGUGGCGCUAAUAACAAUCUUGACCACCAGUGCAUCAAACAAUCUUCUAACGCUAACGGCCAUGGCGUUGGACCGUUACUGUGCUAUUUGUUUCCCUCUCAAGUACGGGAGUAUUUGUUUCAAACAGUGGCCGUGGCUCAUCGGAAUUCUGACUUGGGCUGUGGCUUCCAUCAUCCCCCUCACCCUGUUCCUAAAAGACUCAAAAGAGGAAAGGUUUUGUCGUCGGGAACAGCUGAAACAAGGGGAGAUACAAAAAAUCUUGCUAAUAUCCAUUUGCACAGCACUAAUUCUUUAUAGCUAUGUAAGGAUUUUAAUGGAGGGGAAACGCUUGGGAGUGCUGAAUCGGAGAAACCGUGUCGCGUGCAAGACCAUUGCAUUGCAUGGCGCUCAGCUCGCGGUCUAUAUCCUUCCCAAUUUCAUAAGCUUUGUGCUACACGUUCUACAAACAAAAGGACUUUUGAGCAUCGAGGAAAAGGAGCAGUUUGCGGUGUUUAAUUUUGUCUUUUUCAGCUUGGCGCAGUGCAUCGCGCCAAUCGUAUACGGACUGCGCAAAGAGGAGCUUUUGGAACAACUCUAUCAGAGAUUCCCAUGUUUGUCUUUUCGCUUGAAAAGUGUCCUGGAAUGGACGAUUAGCUUAACCCAUCCUCAGCGUCAUUCUCAGACUCGGGAGAGAAAAUUAACAUCAGAGACACUAAUCACAGGAUUAGCAGAUGUGUCUCAGACGUCCGUUUGAAGGUUCACAAAACUGAUCCAUACUGAACUGACAGCUAAUGAAUGGAUCUUUGGAUGACUAAUCAUUUGCAAAAAUUGAUCUUGGAGGACUAAUAAUCAGUGACGUGAUCUUUGGAGGAGUGAUCAUGAGUAGUCUUUGGAGCACUGAUUGUCAGUGUGGUGAUCUAUAGAGGAUUAAUCAUCUUUUGCAAAGUGAUCUGUAGAGGACUAAUAAUCAGUGAAGUGAUCUU